AUGGGCCAUGCUGCCACGCAAAUCAUCCUGGCCGGAAGUCAACUUGGACUUUUCGAGUUCUUGCAUGAGAAUGGCCCACAGACCAAAGGCACUAUUGAGGAGGCUUUGGGGCUGAAGCGAAGCGAUGGCAGCACUCGGCCCAUUGAAGUGUUGUUGCUGGGAAGCACGUCGAUUGGCCUCACCGUCUUGGACAAGAGAGAGAAGACCUAUCGCAAUUGCGAGAUCAUCGACAGGCUUUUCACGACUGGUGGCUGGAGGUCCAUAGCGGAUCUGAUUGACCUGGAAGCCAUCAUCAAAUACAAGGGUGAGUUUCACUUUGUUGAAUCUUUGCGUAAAGAUACCAAUGUGGGACUACAAGAGUGGCCCGGGGCUGCAGACAAUCUCUAUUCACGCCUUCCACAAACCCCCGGAGCCCAGAAGAUCUUCUACGACUUGAUGAAUUCCUUCACUGCGUUCUCCAUUCCAUGCUUGUCGAAUACUUCCAAAGUGGCCGCGACCAGCUUUAAGCUGCUUGAUGUCGGUGGCGGCGCAGCCGUUGCGGCCAUUCAUCUUGCGAAGAAGUUCCAGCAACUCUCGAUCACCUUGUGGGACCAACAUGAAACAAUUGAGAUUCCGAUGAAUCACAUCACCAAGGCUGGUUUGAAAGGGCGCAUCAGCUUGCUCGCUGGCAGCUUCAUCACAGAUCCCUUCCCUGAAGCUGGAAGUCCCUUGUCGGUCUACUUGUGCGCAUUUUGA